AGCUUGAAGGCUCUGGCUAAGAUGGAGAUAGACAGGGCGGUUUUGGACUCUAGGAUCCAGUAUCUGGAGGCUCAGAAGCAGCAGUGAUGUCAGUGGUAACAGCGGGAGGACUCGGAGAGCAGAAGUCGCAAGAGAAGAUUGAAAUUGAAAAGCUCGCAGCACAGCUGAGGAGAGCAGGCUCUUGUGAAGACAUUGUCUUGGGCAGACGAGUUCACGCCAGGAUUCUACAGAGCCGCUACCGAAACUACAGGUAUUUGGCCAACCUGGUCGUGGAGAUGUACGGUGACUGCCACAGCGUGAGUGAAGCUCGUGCUGUCUUCGACGGGAUUGAAACGCCAAACGUGUUCUCGUGGAACACCAUGCUGGGGGCUUACGGGCAGAACGGGCAAGUGGAGGAUGCAAAACAAAUCUUCAACGCAGCACCGGAGAAGAACCUCCUCCUGUGGACUACUUUGAUAUCCGCAUAUGCAAAGAACGGGCAUCUGGAGGAAGCCAAGAGUACCUUCGAUGGAUUGCCCGAGUCGGAUGUGGUAACACAGACAACAAUACUGCUGGCUUUUCUCGAGACUGGGAACUUGGAAGCCGCGGAGUCCAUCUACAUAAGUAUGCCCGUACUCGACACAAUCGGCUGGACGAUCAUGCUAAAGGCAUACGCAGAGAGAGGACAUCUCCAGAAGGCAAGGCGGUCUUUCGAGUUGAUGCCAGAACUGGACGUUGUAUCUGCGACUUCCAUGGUGGUGGCCUAUGCCGAGAACAGCUACCUUGAAGAUGCCAAGGCGGUCUUUGACAGCAUGCCUCAGAGGAACAUCGUCUCGUGGACAGCGAUGGUGAAGGCGUACGCGUGUGAAGGGGAUAUCGGGAAAGCCAAGCCUCUGUUCGAUAGAAUGCCCGAGCACAACGUGAUAUCUUUCACGGCUAUGCUGCAAGCGUACUUGGACAACGGGAAGCUCCAGCUUGCGAAGGCAAUCUUCGACGCCAUGCCCGAGCGGGACGUCAUUGCGUGGAACUCCAUGGUUCAAGGCUAUGCGAAGAUGGGAUAUCUGGAGGAGGCAAAGCUUCUGGUAGACAGAAUGCCCAGGUGGAACACGGUGACUUGGACGGCCCUGGUUGAGGGGUAUGCUCAAAGCGGGUAUAUGGAUGAAGCGAGGUCAACGUUUGACAGGAUGCCGGGUCGGGAUAUGAUGGCCUGGAACAGCAUGAUCGGGACGUAUGCUCAGCUCGGGUAUAUGCACGAGGCGAAGGAGAUCUUCGCUAUGCUUCCGGAGCGAGACGUUUUCUCGUGGACUGCCAUGAUCCCGGUUCACGCAAGAGGUGGCAGCGUUUACAAGGCGAAGAUGGUGUUCGACACCAUGCCUCAGCAGAACGUGGUGUCCUGGAAUGCGAUGGUUGCUUCGUAUGCUCACUGUGGGCAUGCGAAGUCCGCCGUGGAGCUCUUUAAGUUUAUGGAACAGGAAGGACUUCGUCCAAACGACAUCUCCUUCGUGAGCCUUCUCACGGCAUGCAGCAGGCUUGGCGCGCUGGACGAAGGCCACGGUUACUUCCUCCGGAUGGUGCUCGACUACUGCGUUGCUCCACUCAAAGAACACUACAGCUCCAUGUUGGAUCUUCUUGGACGGGCUGGGCGCCUGCGCGAUGCCGAGGAGCUGGUCAAGACGAUGCCGUUUGUUCCCGACUCCGUGAUGUGGGCGACACUGCUAGGUGCUUGCAAGCUCCACAAAGAUACUGCGCGUGGACAACGAGCAGCGAAGCAGAUCAUCAACUUGGACACGAAGAGCUGCCUGGCUUACGUGCUGCUGGGCAACAUCUGCGUCGAGCGCUCCGAGCAACUUAAGCAUCAAGUCCUGCUUCCUCAAGCUCGUCCAGCUCGAAGUCUCGUGGCUCCUCCGAGUGCUGUUCUUCCACACUGCUUCGUUGGGCUUGAACGGCAUCUUUCUGAUCACGGCUUCGGCCUCCUCCAGCCAGCCGAUUCUUCCCAGCAGGCCGACGAUGCACGAGUAGCGCUCCCGCUUGGCCGUCACCCGGUACUCCGUUCCGAGCUGGAACAAGUAGUAGAAGGCUUCCUCGAGCAGGCCAACGUGCUGGCAGACGGAGGCGACGCUCAUGAGCGCUACGUUGUCGGGCUUGAGUCCUUCCUGCUGCAGUCCACGAAACAGCUUGCGUGCCUCGGCAACCUCACCGUGCUGCGCCGCCACCGUGACUAUCGAGUUCCAGGAAACGAGCGCCCGCUCGCGCAUGGAGUCGAAGACUCUCCGUGCCUCUCUCGGGCUCCCGCACUUGCCAUACAUAUUGAUGAGCGUGUUGUCGAUGAUCACGUCCGAGAGGAAGCCGGACUCAGCUAUGCUCCUAUGGAUGAUCCUGGCUUGGACGAGCCCGGCAUGGCCAGCACAGGCGUCAAGGAUGGCAUUUACAGUUCCCCGGUUGAAGCUGACGCCUUCGAGGUCCAUUCUCCUGAACAAAGCGAUGGCCUUUCCCCCUCGGCCGUGUUUGGAGUAGGCCGAGAUCAUGGAGUUGUAGAGCAGCGCGUCCUUGGGCGCGGCUGUUUCGAAGGCUUCCACUGCCUCCUCCAGAGAGAAGCACUCCGAGUACAUCCCGAUGAGAGCGGGCGAGACCGUGGUGCUCGAGUUCUCGAAGGCCUCGUAGUGGCUGCCGUCUUCGACACAGGAGCACAGCAUGGAAGUCCAGGAGACAACGUCCCGGUAGUCCUGGAUGCUCUGGAAGACGACCUUGGCGUCCUCCAGACUCUGGCACUUUCGGUACGCGUUGAUGAGGCAGUUCGCCACCGCGACGUCCUGGAGCAGUCCUGCCGAACAGAUCUGAGCGUGGAGCAUCCGGACCUGACUUAUGUCGGUGAAACACGCAUCGAGGCUCGCGAAGAACGUCACUCUAUCCGGCUUGGUGCCUUCGAGCUGCAUCGAGGCGAGCAACUCCAACGCGGCGUCACCCUGAGCGUUCUGGACGUAUGCCGACGCAAGAGCGUUCCAGGAGACGAGAUUCUUCUCCUCCAUCCUGUCGAAGGCGGCCUUCGCUUGCUCGAGUCUCGAGCACCUCCCAUACAUAGUGAUCAAAGUGUUCCCGACAGAGACGGACUCCUCGACUCCACACUCGGCCGCACACUCGUGAGCUCGGACUCCCUGUUCCAAGUCCCCCAGGCUCGCGCAGCUAUCGAUGACGCUCACAAAAGUCUGCUCGCCUGCCUUGACGCCUUCCUGGUUCAUCCGGUGGAACAUCUCCACUGCCGCUUCGUCCGCCCCGCACUGAGCGUAAGCAGUCAGGAGCGUGUUCCAGGCGAAGAGAUCCUUGUCCCGGACGCCAUCAAACACCUCGAGCACGGUGAGAAAGGUGACUUUGUCGGGCCGGACGCCUUCGUGCUGCAUGGUCCGGAAGAGCUUGAAGGCCUCGCGCUCCAGCCCGUUGUGAGCGUAGGCGUCGACGAUCGAGUUCCAGGACGAGACGCUCUGCAAGGCCAUGGCAUCGAAGAGCUGCUUGGCGUCGUGGACGCUGCCGCACUUGCCGUGCAUGUGGACGAGCGAGUUCCCGACGAAGACGUUGGAGCUGUGGAAGCCAUUCUCGGCUGCUCUGUCGUGGAUCAUCCUCAGCUCGCUGGCCUCCUCGGCGGCACCGAGAACACUCACGAAAGUCACCUCGUUUGGAGCCACGGAGCACUCGUGCUGCAUCCUCCGGAACAUCUCCAGCGCGCUCUUGCGGUGGCCGUGCUGCGAGUAGGCCCGGAUGAUGGCGUUCCAGGACACAACGUCGCGCUGCUCCAUCCUCUCGAAGACGCGCCGGGCCUCCUCCACAGCGCUGCAGUCGCCAUACAUGCUCACCAGCGUGUUCGCGAUGACCACAUCCGACUCGAGCUCGUCCGCGACGAUCAUGGCGUGGAUCUCUCGGCCGUGCUCCAGGCUCUCCUCCACGCAGCAGCAGCCGAGCAAGCUCAAGUAAGUCACCCUGUCCGGCUUCACUCGCUCGUGGAUCAUCCGCUGGAAGAGCUCCAGCGCCCGCUCGCCGUUGCCAGCCCGGGCCAGCACCGUGAUCAUCGUGUUCCAAGACACUACAUCCUUGUGGGCGAUGCUCUCGAACACCAGCUCGGCCUCGUCCAGGCGCCCGGCUCGUCCAUACAGGUUGGCGAGAGCGUUGCCGAGAAAGGUGACGGACUGGAGGCCUGCUGCAAGAAUGAGCCCCAUCGCGUGGAAGAGCUCCAGCGCCGCGGUGGUAUGCCCGUUGUGGGCAUACGCGGCCAUGAUCAUCGUCCAGGAGAAGACGUUGCGGUGGAGGAUCCUGUCGAAGACGCUGCGCGCGUCCUCCACUCGGCCGAGCUUCCCAUACGACUGGACGAGGAGGUUGAGCAGCAGGCGAUCGGUGGCGAGAGUGGCCGAGGAGAGGAUGUGGCGGUGGAUACGCUUCGUCUGCCAGACGUGGAUGCAUCGCCGGAUGAGCGAGGAGAUGUGUGGAGCCGAGGUGGAUUCGCCGUCGUUGCCAUCGCUUCGAUCCAGCCGGUCCAGCUCGCGGUGAUGGGAGAUCGCAUUCUUCGAUGCUUGAGCCGGACUUCCAUUGCCAUGGCGGACGCUAGCCGGAGAUCGAGAGAACCAGCAGCCCAGCUUGCGAGAAGAGCCCUAGACGAGGAUCCAGGUGAUGGGCUUGAUAGAUUCGGGAAAUCCAGUCGAGCUCGUCUCAUGGGGAUCGCGGAGGAGAUGGAAGGAUUGCCGCUCGAGGAAGCCAUCGACGGGCUGGAGAUGCCGGGUUUCAGUCCAGGAGUGGAGCUCUACGCGGCAUUGCUGCGACGAUGCGGCAUCCAAGGAUCCCUGGCGGAGGGAAUUCGCGUCCACGAGCACAUUGCAAGGAGCAAGCUUGUGCGAGUGAGGUUCUUGGAGAACACGCUCAUGGAGAUGUAUGGGAGGUGUGGUGGCGUGCAAGAGGCUACCGCGGUCUUCGAGAGAAUGGAAGAUUGGAACGUCUACUCGUGGACGAUCAUCAUCGCAGCAAAUGCCCGCAACGGGCAUCCACUCGAGGCACUGCAACUCUUCUACCGGAUGAACCAGGAAGGGACUGCUCCAAACAACCACACUCUAAGCAUCGCCAUCGCAGCGUGCUCGGCACUGGUGGAUCUCUCGCGAGGGAGGAAGAUCCAUGCGAGCUUGGAAGGCUGUGGCUUCCAGGCCGACGAUCACGUCAAGAACACGCUCAUGGACUUCUACACCAAGUGCGACAGCCUUGACGACGUGAAGAAGGUGUUUCGAUCGAUGGGAGGCGACGCCAAGGUGGUCAGCUGGACGUGCCUCAUCGUUGGCUGCGUCCAGCUCGGGAGCUACCGGGAGGCCUUCCACUUCUUCAAGCUCAUGGAGCUCCAGGGGAUCCACGCUGACACCGUCACUUACGCCUCGCUGCUCGACGCCUGCUCCAACUUGGCGUCGCUCUCGCAGGGCCGGAAGCUCCACGCUCGCAUCGCCGAGCUCGGGCUGCUCGAGGCUGACGUGGUGCUGCAGACUUCCAUCCUCACCAUGUACUCGAAGUGCGGGAGGCUGGGAGAAGCUCGCGGGAUCUUCGACAGGAUUGGCGAGAAGAACAUCGUGGCGUGGUCCGCGAUCAUCAUCGCCUACGCUCAAAACGGCGACUGCUCCACAGCGUUAAAGCUCUUCUGGAAGAUGGAGCAGGCGGGGCAGAAGGCGAGCGAGACGACGUUCGUGAGUGUCUUGUACGCUUGCAGCCAUGCCGGCCUCGUCGACGAUGCGUACUACUAUUUCACCACCAUGAAGAGCGAGAGGAAGCUGGAGCCUUUACCGGGACACUAUGGUUGCAUCGUGGAUCUGCUGGGCCGAGCCGGGCGACUGGCCGAUGCCGAGGAGCUCAUACAGCGGAUGAAGGCUCCACAGUCGGGGGUGCUCUGGACGACGCUUUUAGGAGCUUGCAAGACGCAUGGAGAUAUGAAGCUGGCGGAGCGAGCAGCGGAGAGGAUCCGCGAGCUCGAUCCAGGCUCUGCGACACCGUACGUACUGCUUUCGAAUGUCUACUCGGAAGCUGGACGAUGGGACCUGGCAGCCAGCGUGAGGAAGCGCAUGGACGACAUGAAAGUGAAGAAACCAGCGGGGAAGAGCUGGGUGGAAGUGAGAGGCAAGCUGCACGAGUUUGUAGCCGGGGACCAGUCCCAUCCGAAGAUCGGGGAGAUAGUUUUGGAGCUGAAGAGGCUGCUCGCGCUGAUCAAGGAAGCCGGAUACGCUGCGGACAAAAGUGCCACACUCCACAAUGCGGAAGAGGAGGAGAAGGAAGGACUCCUUUACUAUCACAGCGAGAAGCUCGCGAUGGUCAUGGGGCUGCUUCACAGCCCCCGUGGAGAGCCUGUCCAAGUCGUGAAGAACUUGAGAGUUUGCUCCGACUGCCAUACUGCCGCCAAGUUCAUCAGCAAGGUGGAGGACAGGCAGAUUGUCCUGAGGGACACGAAGCAGUUCCACCACUUUGAGCACGGGCGAUGCUCGUGUGGAGACUACUGGUGAUCGCAAACGAGCUCUUCUACCAGUAGUCUCGGCAAGAACACUUUCCAUCUUCCAUGUGAUGGAACAAGUUGAUGUCGCGGAUGACGAUCUUCCUCUCGGUCA